AUGGCUUAUGAUUUGGAAAAAUGCAAACAUUUAGUGAUUUGUUUGCAAAUCAAUCAAAGAUUGUUUCACGAAAUCAUUACUCAAUUAAAUGAUCAAAACAUACGAAAACAGUUUGAGUUAAUCAUUGGUGACAAUCAACGAGUGAUUAACCAAUUGAACGACGAGUUGAGGCAAACGGUUCCCACCGAUGACCACAACCAGCACUUGAUUCAUAACCACAACACAGAUGUCACGCAACAAGUGUUGGAUCCGAAAGAGAGGCCAUCGAUGGCGACGACGGGAAGGACACGAAGGGAGAGAAGCGAACAGAAGAAGACGUGUCAGUGGCCGGGAUGUGGUUAUGAAACCCGUUUCUCGGCUAACAUGAGUCGACACGUGUCCGUGCAUUCGGGUGCGAAGCCGUACGCCUGUGAUUGGCCGCAGUGUCACAAACGAUACCAAUUGUCCGGCUCUUUGACCGCUCAUAAGAGGACACACUUGAAUCUAAAACCGUUUGCGUGCGAUUGGAUUGGAUGUGAUUAUCGGACUAACAAUCGGUGUUCACUUCCGGCUCACCGGCGGACACAUAACGGCAUCAAAGCGUUUGCCUGCGAUUGGCCGCAGUGUUCGGUCACGUGUUCGACGAGAACUCAUUUACGCGAUCACCGGUUGAUUCACACGAAAGACAAACCAUUCAAAUGCGAUGUCUGUGAACAGAGUUUCGCCAAGAAGUCCAAUAUGAGGGCUCAUAAACUCAGUGUCCAUUUGGGACACAAACGCAUCCGACAUAAGAAUACCACUCACGAAGAACUCAAUUAA